CUGAGGAAGUUGCAGGAUCUUGGCCACGAUCCAGGAGAUCUACAAAUACCUCCAGACUAUCUUGAGAAUAAUAAAUGGAAAGAUGUAGAGAGUGUGAGAGCAAAAGAGUUUCAUGUGAGAUCUUCAUUUCUAAUGAGGUUAUGAAGUUGUUUGGAUUCUACCAAGAGCAAUAUCAGAAAACAGACUGGCAGAAGAUGAAGGCAUUUGACAGGAGAAAACGUGAUCGGGUGGACCAUAUUUUGUCCUAUGGUGAAUUUGUGAAGAAGACCGAAGCUGAACUCAGUAAAGAUCUUGAUGUUGCUAGCUCAACCUCCACCAAACCGCAGAUUAAAACUCUGUACUCCACUGCUAUUGAGAAGCUGAAGAUUAAACCGCUGUCUCAGCAGAAGUAAUUUCAGUAAUGGAUGUUAAUUGUGUGACCUUACGAAGGGAUGCCUCUUGUAUUUCUUUUAUA